CUCAGAAGCGUUCCCGGUGCGUGCCAAGCGGAUGUGCGGGAGCGCGCGUUCAGGGCCUCUCGUCUGCCUUUUCGAGAUUCCCAAAGAUGUCAACUCAAGGACAUACUUGGGCCCAUCAGGUGAAGAAAGAGGGUGAGGAAGAGGACCCCCUGGACCUGCUGAUCUCCCGCUCUGGCUGUGCUGCUUCCCACUAUGCAGUGCAGGAGUGCAUGGCCCAGCACCAGGACUGGCGACAGUGCCAGCCACAGGUGCAGGCCUUCAAGGACUGCAUGAGUGAACAGCAGGCAAGACAGCGAGAGGAGCUGCAGAGGAGGAAGGAGCAAGACAGUACCCACAGCUGAGCCCCCAAACCAUCUAUCCCAAGAGCAUGGCCUGCAGAAACUAGCACCCAGACAAAUCCUAAACAGUGGAAGUGUGGGCCAAAAGGUAUAAAACUCCGGGAUAGUCUUUGGGAUUGAGGUUGAGAGCCAGGCAGCCAUGGGCUUGGACAUGACUGUCAUAAAGAAAGAGCUGUCAUAUUUUAUUUGUUUAAAAAUCUUUA